AGAGAAAGAGAAAGAAAGAGAGAGAGAGAGAGAGAGAGAGAGAGAGAGACAUCCCUGAUACACAUCAACAAACAGGCGGUUGAAGGGACACAGAAAGAGAACAGGGAAAAAAACACUGGUCACAUUUCUCAGGCACCUGAAAACGUGCUGGUUAUUUUAGGACGCGUGUUACUUAUUGAUGAGUCGGGGGGAGGAGUGCUUAAACUACUUCCACUCCGGUCAUGUUUUGAUGGUGACUGUACAUGGCAAGCAACUGAACGCUUUGGGACCUCUGUAAUUUAGAGAACCCCCCCUUAUACAGUGAUAUCUUAACAACAGCCUGGCAUCAUAAGGUGUGCAGGCGGAGAGAGCCGAGCUGCCCUGUGCGCAUCUAUUCACCUUGGAAAUUAUCGGGAUCAAUAACAGAUCUGCUCUAAUUUCCCGUUUUUUUUUAAAGAAAUUCUUUCAAAUAUAUCUUUUCUCUCUUUUUUUUUAAAAAAAGAAAUCUUUGCUGACCGGGUUUUCUCAAGACCCCCAAUGCCCCGUGCACACUCUUGUUGGUCUGAGCUUUGGGAUACACUCUCUAUGCCUUGGCAGUUCAUGACUCUUUCACCUGUGUCAACGAAACUCCUCGGUGGCAAGCAGAAGCAGUCAGUCCAGCAUUAAACGCCCACAAUUAAACAGCACGGAACAAGCAGAGCAGCAUCGAUCGACUGGGAAACAUGGAAAAUAGCCCUGGUGGUGGUGUUAUCUUGUAUGCUGGCUCGUCUGGCAGUGCCAGCCCGAGCCCUGGCAGCCCUUCAAGUGGAUACCAGACCCAGUCGCCCUCCUCCCACUCACAGCCUUCAUCCCCAGAGGGUGUCUCCUUUCAGGAGAUUGGGGCCCUGAGGCAGAGAGGGGAACAAGGGGGAGGAACUACUUCCCCGAAAAUGGUAUUCCAGUUUCCUGAAGUAAACAAUGCUCCGGUUGCCCAGAUUACGCUGUAUCAUCAGGCGACCUACAACCACCCAACAGUGGCCAAAAGACCUUGUGGUUUCACUGGCACAUUCACCAAGACUGGAGGUAUGGUGCUUCUGUGCAAGGUAUGUGGAGACAUCGCAUCUGGGUUCCAUUAUGGCGUGCACGCCUGUGAAGGCUGCAAGGGUUUCUUCAGACGCAGCAUUCAGCAGAAUAUCCACUACAAGAUGUGUGUGAAGAACGAGAACUGUCUCAUCAUGCGCAUGAACCGAAACCGGUGCCAGCACUGCCGCUUUAAGAAGUGUCUCUCUGUGGGCAUGUCCAGAGAUGCUGUGCGUUUUGGGCGUAUUCCCAAACGGGAGAAGCAGAGGCUACUGGAUGAGAUGCAGAGCUACAUGAACAGCCUCAAUGAAUCAGCAUCCAUGGAGAUGGAGGUGUCACCUCCACCCGACGCCCCCUGCAGCCCACAGAACCAGACCAACGAAGGCUCCAUAUCGCAGUCUUACCACGCCAGCUUGAUGAACAGUGAUGAGAAACCGGUCAAGAUGGCCACCACCCGCAACAGCAAUGUCUGUACUCCCGCUUUCCAGAACGGUUCGGCAGCAGAGGAUUCCGCCCUGUCACACCCGACGACCCAGGCGCAGCAUGCGGUGCACGGGGAGCAGGCAAACCUGACACCGAGCUACCACGUCCCCACAAACUGCCCCGUUUCCCCAACCAACAAUGAAAACUCCACUAAUACCAGCGUCGACAACGCCAAGUACACCUUCUCAUCCAAUCAGAAUCAGUGCCCCAUCAGUGGCAGCCUAUCGUCUCAGUCCUACCCGACCAAUCAGAACAGUUUCCCAGCCAACGAUUCCCAGAACCAAAACCCUUGCCCCUGGAAGCUAAAUGGCGGCGCCAAAGUGCUGGCAUGUCCACUCAAUUCAUGUCCUGUGGCUCCAGCCAGUCGUUCCAGUCAGGAAGUGUGGGAGUCUUUCUCCCAGUGCUUCACUCCCGCUGUUAAAGAAGUAGUGGAGUUUGCAAAGAGCAUCCCAGGCUUCCAGACUUUAAGUCAGCAUGACCAGGUCAUGCUGCUCAAAUCUGGCACUUUCCAGGUUCUGAUGGUGAGGUUCUGUUCACUGUUUGACCCCAAGGAGAGGACGGUGACCUUCCUCAAUGGGCAGACAUACUCACUGGCGUCGCUGAGGGCUCUCGGCAUGGGCUCCUUACUGGACGCCAUGUUUGAUUUCAGCGAGAAGCUAGGGUCUUUGGGUCUGGAGCCAGACGAGAUGGCUCUUUUCAUGGCUGUCGUGCUUGUGUCAGCUGACCGCUCCGGUAUAGUGGAGGUGGGAGCAGUGGAGCUGCUGCAGGAGAAUCUAAUAAAAGCUCUGCGCUCUCUAAUCACCAGUCGCCGCCCAGACGACAGUACCCUCUUUCCAAAGCUGCUGCUUCGUCUGCCAGAUCUGCGCACCCUCAACAACCAGCACUCCGACAAGCUUUUAGCUUUCCGCAUCGAUCCUUGAGUUUAGACAGGGCCCGCAGCUUACUGAGGUAUCUGCUUCGGGGAACCUCCCGGCUCCCCAUGCCAGCCCAGCCUGCCACGUACAGUACACUGGCCUCCACAUGAUGGACAGUUGUUGUGGGAGCUGUGCCAAGUCUAGAUGCUGUGAGAGAAUGGACUCGGAAAAAUACGAGUGAAGGAUGGAGGCACAGCGGGAGGUGGUGGGGGGCUCCUGAACUCAAACUGAUCCCUCCUCCAGUUGCUUCUGGGAUUGCUAAAAAAAACCAAACUAUUAAAACAUAGCCUGUGUUCUUCCUCGGAUACUUCGAGUCAACAUCAAACCACCAAGUCAUCACCUCUCCCUCCUGGGGUUUGUCUGAGACUGUUUUUGUUCUGAAGACCAAAAAAAGAAAUGAGAGGGCUUUUUGUUCCUCACUAGACUUUGUCCUCCUCUCCCAGCUUAAAAAGCUAACAAGAAGGAAGCACAUACUCUCAGAAAAGAAAAGGAGCGUGUGCAAACAUUCACCAACAAUGAUUUCUUACUGUACAUUCAUGCUACAUGUGUAAAACGCACUUUCCAUACAUUGAGAAACCUCUUACAUCAAUAUAUAACAUAGCAAUAGAAAUGUCUCACAUACAGUUAGGAGGAUGGUUUGUGUUUGCCCUGUUGAAAUGACUUAAGCUAUUUUCACAUCAUGAUGCCAUGUGGGAAAUCUUUAUGAAAAUCACCCAUCUGUAAUAGAGAGAUGUAUAACAUUUUUGAUAAAUGAGAGUAAGUUGAUCAUGUCUGAUGGGUAAGAUGAAAAGGUUUUCUGUUUGUAUAUUGUGUAUAUAACCUUUAUUCUUGGUUCAUACCCUUGUUAGUUUGCAGAUUCUUGGAUAUGUAAAUGAAGUUAGUAUUGAAAUUAUUGUAUGACGUCACACAAAAUAGAUUGCUCUACAGACUGCAGAGAGAGAGGAAGCAGCAUUUGAACCAAUGUGCUUCGAGUAUAAACUUUUUAUUUGAAGAUAUAUAAUUGAAAUAAAUGUACUGUCAACUGACUGCAUCACCUUGUGAAUAUUUUGUAGAUGUUUUAUGGUUACACCAUAGAGUACCAUUAUUAAAUAACAUUAUAUAGCA